GGCCGCUGCCUCUACCGCAACUUGCCACAUGCUAGUUUAAGGAGUCUCGCGAUCGGACGUCAUUGGAAAGCUGAAGGUCAGGUCUUCCUCCAGGUAAAUAAAUAUUAUCAGGGUGUUCAUAUAUCAGGAAAUGGGGACUCACUGUCGGCAAAUGUACUCUCUGAAACCCAUCGUGAAUCUAAGUCCGAUCGAGCUCCCUAAGGUCAUGUAUUCACUGAAGCCGAUCGUGACCCAUGGUCCUGUGACUACAGUGUCGGGCGAGAUGGCAAUCGACGAAAAUCCUGUGCCGACUCGGUCUACCCCUAACAAGAAUAAGGGCAAAGGACAAGGCAAAGAUGUCCCAGCAAAAAAAGAUGAUGGAGAGAUCGAGGCUCUCCUGGAACGUCAAGAAAAGAUUCUAUCAAGCAUAAAGGAACUCCAGGACAGAGUGCAGAAAGUGACUGCUAAGGUCCCUGUCAAUAUCAAGACUGCAGGCAGGACAGGGAAUGUCAUAAAAUUAGAAUUAGGACAAGCACCCUUGGUUGUGACUGUGUGGGCUGAUCCAUUGGACCCUCCAUUUUCGCUGUUGUCUCUGCUGCCCCUGCUGGAGAAGGACUUCAAGGUCCAUUGUUCUGUUCACAGGCAUUCAUCUGUUUCCAGUCUUCCAGAUUCUCCCUUUGUCAAGGCUCUCAACAAUCUCCUACCCCACCCCUCUGAUCACCGCAUGGGAGUUCAACUCUCCAUUAUGCUUAUUUGGAAAUUAGGAAGUGGAACAAGAAUGCUUGUGAGCCCGAUACAACAGUUCCCAGUGGAGUCUGAGCCUACUAUCGUAUCCUACCUGGCUCACAUCAUCCCCAAUUUGAGUCCACAGAAGGAAAGUCCUGAAAGGGCAACUUUGAUCGACCAUCUCAUGGAUGAUGCCUACAUGGGCCUCUGUUGGGGGUCUGCUAAAGAAAAGCAGGUCUAUCUCCGCUCCCUGAAUGGUCGGCUUGGCACAAGUUCUGGGUUUCUCCUUGGAGACAAGAUCACUCUGGCCGACAUCUACAUCUCAUCCUUGCUGCUGAAGAGUUGUGCCAUUUCUGAGAUCCCUGCAAAUGUUAAGAAGUGGCUGAAGAGCUUCUUCUCUCAGCCUCAAAUGAAUUUGUUGGUCAGUCAUCCUGACCUGAAAGCUUUAUUCAAUGCAUUGUAGGUUUCAGAAGUGCUCCUUGGAGCAAUAUUUCUUUCUGCAUUUUGGAUGAAAUGGUGUUUCUGUUAAAUGAGGAUUGGAGGACUGUCAGAAACCAGGUGAUGACUUUAGCAUCAGCAAUGAAAGUUCCAAUUUUAAUGAAUAAAGCACAUGCU